UUCACGUUCACUCCGAAAUCCGGUUGCUUGCCUGAGAAGCUACGAGUACAUCUGUCUCCACGAUGCUGCGACUUCUGUGCUGUCUUGUGUUGGUGUCCUACACCGCAGCCCAAAGCUGUGGCGGGACCUUCACCGCCUCCAGUGGCACGGUGGCCUCGCCCAACUACCCCAACAGCUACGGCAACGACUUGAACUGUGAGUACGUCUUUCCCGCCAACGGCCAGCUCCUGCAGAUCACCUUCAACGCCUUCCUGCUGGAGGCCGCCAGCUCCUGGACCGGGAGCUGCUACGACACCGUCACUGUGUACGAUGGGGGCAACCGCGUCGGUGCGUACUGUGGCUCUCAGAGCCCUGGAACCAUCACCACCCGAUCCGAGGUUCGCAUCGUCUUCACAUCCGACUACAGCGUCACGACGUCCGGCUUCUCUGCUUCCUACAGCCGAGGAGGUGAAAUCAUCACCACCACCACUGUCGCUCCCCCCACAUACGCUCCUGGAUCAUGCGGAACGCCUGCCAUCCAGCCCCGCAGCUCAGAGAUGCUGAGGUACGACCAGGCUGAGGGCCGCAUCGUCAACGGAGACGACGCCACCCCUCACAGCUGGCCCUGGCAGGUGUCCCUGCAGACCUCCACAGGCUGGCACUACUGCGGCGGUUCUAUCGUGAACAACGAGUGGGUCGUCACUGCAGCUCACUGUGAUCCCUCCAUUUCCGGCGAUUAUGUCAUCCUGGGAGAGCACAACAAAGGCGGCGGCACCGAGCCCAUCCAGAGCGUGCGCAUCUCCAAGAAGAUCUGCCACCAGCAGUACAACUCCAACACCAUCGACUACGACAUCUGCCUGCUGAAGCUGGCCACCCCCGCCCAGUUCAACACUAACGUCCAUCCCGUCUGCAUGGCAGCCUCCGGCGACGAUGCUUCCUUCCCUGCCGGAAUGAGCUGCUACACCUCAGGCUGGGGAAAGACAUCUGCCUCUUCCUCCACCACCCCUGACAUCCUGCAGCAGGCCAUGAUCCCCCUCAUCAGCACCUCGAGUUGCCAGAAUGCCUGGGGAAGUGUCAAUACCAUCACUGACCGGAUGAUCUGCGCUGGAGCCGAUGGCGCUACUUCAUGCAUGGGUGACUCUGGCGGCCCGCUGGUGUGCCAGAAGGACGGCGCCUGGAACCUGGUGGGAGUUGUGUCCUGGGGAAGCUCCCAGUGCAGCACCUCCACCCCUGCCGUGUACGCACGCGUCACCAACCUCCGCCAGUGGCUGGACUCCACCAUGGCCAACAACUAAACUAGCGUCCAACACCCGGUUCCCUCCCAACAACUCAUCAACUUGUGGUUAGCUAAAUGCUUCAAAGGGUUACCCCGCAAGUACAAGGAGGGAACGCUAUGAAGAUUGUCCAAAGGACAAUUCUCUUUCAUCGCCUUUACGCACAAAGAGCCACGUUAACAUCGGUUCAUCAAUCAUAUGCGCACAGUAGUCAAUAAAGAUUCAAAGACAUUGUUUCAU